AAAACUGCUUAAUGAACGCCUUGUCUUUUUAAGCAGAAGCGUGCUUGCUGGAGAGUGCUCCUUUGCUUGUGAUUCCACCGAAGACGCAACAACCAAGACUUGUUCGAAGGCCUUAGGUUUUGGAGCCGUCCCAUCCCGGACAGCGGACUGAGAGGACCAGAUGGCUUCUAGUGGAGUGAUGUGGGUAUGCCUGAUGGUUAUGGUCACCGUGGAGUUCAACAAUGCGACAACAACAUGUUCAUUGUACUGCACAUGUAGUGGGGAAUCAAUGUCGUGCAGCAAUCUUCCGAACUUCAGCUCCAUUCCUGAUCCCCUGCCUCGCAGCGUGAAAUAUUUGAAUGUACAAACCUCCAAUUUGGGAUCCCUCAUUGAUCAAAUGUUCCCAACGGUCGAAUCUAUAUACUUGCGAUGGUGCAAUGUCACAUCCAUCUCCCGUGAUGCAUUCAAGAACACUCCUGAUCUGCGGUUUUUAGUCAUCAGUGCGAACCCUUUACUUACCAGUUUGCCAUCAGACUUGCUGGCAAACGUGCCGAAACUGACUCACCUCGUACUGGGUGACAACUGGCUACUGACGAUUCCGCCGGAUUUGCUUCGCAGUGUUCCACUUCUUACCCUUCUACGACUGGAACACAGUCCACGGAUAACUAUUCCUCCAAGAUUUCUGGACAAUGUUCCCCUUUUGGAGUACCUAUCUCUAACGCAAACGAACUUAUCUGUGCUUCCACCUGACAUGAUUGUUCCUAGCAAAAGGCUUACUAGAUUAGAAAUGGAAUUGGCGAAUCUGGCUGAGUUUCCCUUUAACAUGUUCGUGGCCAACCAAAAUCUGACAAAACUAUACAUCCGAGUAAAUCCAUUGAAACUGACCCUUUUGAGUUCAUGUCCACUUGGCGUUGCCAUGCGACACGUGACCGAACUGCUUGCGGAUCCAGAUGCUCUGCAGUUUGCCCGGAACUUGCUGGCCAUGUGCGGUGGAUUAUCUGCAUUUCAAUGCUACAACAACAAAGGCAAGACAGAUUAUUUCUGCCAAUGUCCAUUAGAUCUGGUGUAUGAUGGCAACGACUGUGUGAACACAACAGUUUGUGAUCCUGAUAACCGAGCAGGAGCAUGCAACCAGUACCCAAUAUGCCAGCUAAACGAGCAAUUAUCUGCGUACGAGUGCACCUGCAGAACAGGUUUGAAGCUCGGCAGUCAUCUAUGUGAGCUUGCAGACGAAUGCGCAGAACGGACUCACGCAUGUGACACCUUCGCUUUGUGCAACAAUACUAUUGCCAACUACACCUGCAAGUGUAAAGUGGGUUUUACAGGUAAUGGCUGGAUGUGUUCGGACAUUGAUGAUUGUGGCACUAUGAAUAAAAUUUGUGGUAACAACAGCAGAUGCAUCAACUCACUCGGUAGCUACUUCUGUGCAUGCCACCCAGGGUUCAUGACAUCAAAGUAUCCAUCAGCAAUCGGUGAAGAACACUGUGUAAACGUUCAAGAAUGCCACUCCCAACCAUGUGGCAAUGGCCGUACAUGCGUUGACACCAUAGGUUCCUUUGUAUGCAUUUCCACUGGUACAACUCAGCCAAGCAACGCAGGAAAUAACUCCGUGGUGUCUUUUUCAACAGGUAGCCAUACCCCGUUGACCGUUCCAGCGGCCUCUAUCUCAAGCCUAGCUGCGUACGCUGGUAUUGGAGUAUUGCUGGUCAUUGCAGGAAUAUUGACCAUACUUCUGGUCAAGUCUCGACGGGAAAGGAGCCACAGGAUUCCUACCAUAUCCCUGAACGCCACCAAUGCGUUGCGACUGUUCGCGAGUCAUGAACGAAUGGACCAAUGCCACUCAAAUCCGAGGCACGACGAUCAAUCAGCUGGACCUCAUCUUGAAAUGACGCCCAACCAAACUGCAAGUGGAAGUAUUCUCGAUGCCUCAUGUGGGUUUGCGGGGGAUAUCGGUAACCUGAUGGAUAAUGAAGCCUACGGGGUGAAUGUAAACCUCAGCAGGCCUUCGGAAGGUCAGAGUGGCAGUGAGAGAGCUGACGAUUGUGUUUAUGAGACUCUAUGAUUUAGCAACUCUACUCAUUCUGUCAUAUUUUUGGUUUAGGCUUGCUCCCUAACUACUUGAAGAACACCAGUCAUGGAUUGUUCUUUCUGGGCUCAAUUAAAACCCGUUCUGUGGCAGUUCGCUCCCCUUUCCCUUUGUUAUCUCUCACUGCAUCACCCUCACACCUUCUCCCACUGCAGCCUUCUCAUGUUCUAUCCUUCAUUAUCCUCUGUAAGGCUUGGAAUCGCUCUUUUCUCCUAUACUCGAGUCCUGACCGGUUACACUGGUAGCAGAGGAUUGUUUCGAUCCAUCGACGUCUGGGUUAUGGGCCCAGCACGCUUCCGUUUGGACUGCCCGCUCGUUUUUCGCGAAACUUGCUAAAACGAUACACUCCACUGGCAUGAUUUUACCUUCAUAUCUCUAUUUUAGCUGCUCUCCCUGCAUCAUUAAUCGCAAUGACGAAUUGUCAUAUUGUGGAGAUGCCUCAAUAGGAUCGCAUCCUUCCCAUAGCAUUUCUUUCUUCAGCUCGUCUCACACGCGCAGCAGAUGCCAUCUGCUCCGAGCAUAUGCACACAGCUUCUUCCGAAGACACUUCCUGCGCCUCGGGGCCACCAGUUAUGGGCGAGCUACAACCGGUCCCCUAAUUCCUGCCACCAAAUGAGUGUGAUGAUGGCCAUGAAGUGUACGAGAGUGCAGAAGAGAUAGAGCAGAUGGUGAACAAUGGGGCCUACUGUGCUACGGAGGAGCUGGACACGACGACUCGCUAUUGUACACCUCCACGACCGGGCAAUGAGAAACCGCCUGGUGAUUUGGUUUACGAUAAUAUUAUAAUUAUUAUGUUAUCAAUUUUGCUCAGAUGUGGCCGACCCCGUAGAAUGAUAGUGCCGGUGGACGGAUGUGCGGCUGCACAUUCGUAUCCUUUUCACGUUCUACGCACUGAUAUUGUGGAAUGUCUUGCAAUCCAAAAUUAAUGUCUCUCUCUCUCGUUCUCUUUCUCUCUCUCUCUCUCUCUCUCUCUCUCUCUCUCUCUUGCUUUCUUUAUAUCCUUUUUAUCGGUUUGCGUUUCCUGCACAUAUAAUUUUUGGUACAUAUAAACUGAUUGUGACCUAUCGCUGUCCUCCAAUUGACUAAUAAUGCUGGUUAUGGCUCAUGCAUGAACCAAUAGCGUUAAAGUGUAUUUCUUAGUUUCUUUUCGCACUAACUCAAACAAACAUAUACCUGUCGACGUUCACCUUUUGAUGAUAGUACAAGUUUUGGUUCUGGAUGCACGCAUGUCUAUUUGUGCACCCGUUCUACCGAAGUCCAACCCUGAAUCACCGACGUGAACACAAUAUUCAGAAUCUAACUCGCCACAGUCUGCACUCACGCUUUGGACUCUGAGCUGCUAAAAUUAAAUUUCUUCUUCCCUACACAUCACCUAGGCUAACAGUACAUGUCUUUUCUUUCUUACUCAUUAUCCGCUACGUUGCCUACUUUUUCUUCUUUUUUGGAACCUUAAUUCUUCUAUUUUUACCGUUUUCAUUAUUUUGGACCUGUU